AUGCAGGUGAAAGCAGAUCUGCAACAGAAAGCCCAGCUGCAGUUGGAGAGGACUGAUCAAAGUUCAGAGGUAAAUGACCAACUAACAUGUGAACUUGAAAAAAUCAAGCAGAGUCUGGAAAAAUCACAGUCUGAACUACAAGAACGAACAGCAGAGACAGUCAAAAAAUCUGAUCAAAUCACAGCUCUGGAGGCAGAACGCACUCAACUGAUCCAAGAAAAAGAAGAGCUGCUGAGCAAAAUCACUGCAGAUGGACACAAGGAGCUGACUGAUCUAAAAGAAAAAUACAGCCAGCUCAGGAAAUCUUCUGAAUCUUUAGAAUUAGAAAACCACAAACUGAAGGAUCGUUGCUUUCUGUUGGAGUCUGAGGUCUUUGAGAAGGAGGAGAAGCUACAACUACAAGAGGAAAAGUAUCAGGAAAAAGAUGCAGGAAGAGUCCGAAGCAUUGAAGAGCUACAAGCUGUGGCUUUACACUGGACCGAGAAAUGGCAGAGGGUGGCUUUGACACUGCAGUCCACACAAGCAGAACUAGAAGAACUCAAAAAGAGAAACUCCAAACAUGAAAUCCAAAGAGAUGUGCAUGUGGCAGCUGAGAUAGAAAAACUCAAGAAAGAGGCCCAAAAAGACAAAGAAGAAAUUGAGAAGCUGCUGCAAUACAAAGCAACUAUGGAGACACUGCUAACCAGAAACAAGAAAGAAUCUGACUCACUGCUGAGGCUUGAGCUUGACGCCUGCAAACAGGAGCUGGAGCUGGAGAAGAGCAGGAGUCACACGCUGUUUCACAGAAAUAAAGGCGUCGAAUCUGUGCUGACUCAGGACAAGGAGACAGUGACAGACUUCAGCACAUUACCAUCGACAGCAGGGUCAUCACUGUUUUGGGAGACACCUUUAGAUUCCCACAGCAGCCACAACAAAUCCCCUCAGGUCACCGGAAAUUGUCAAGAUAAUGACCACCAAACAGAUUCACAGGCUGCAGAGUGUCUGAAAGCCCAAUUAGAAGAAAGCAAGAGGAUAACAAACCAGUUGCAACAGGAGAAAAUACUCGCCAUACACAGGCUUCAGACUCUUAAACAGCUGUACUCGGUUAAAGAUGAGAGACCAUCUAUGGAAGGCAGGAAAGAUAAACCUGUUGCUCCACAUAAUUCAGACACAGACCAACAGAGGAGGAUGGUCACUGAGCAGUUAAAGAGUCUGUUUAAGGAGCGAGGAGUGAAUGAAAUGGGAACGACUAAUGAUGGAUCAGGAAGCAUCUCACAGGCAGACUGGACUCAAACACCUAAAGGCAUAAAGACUGCACUGGACAGAAGGAACUGGCAUCAGGGCUCAGGUUUGAUGCCAGUGUUUGAAGAGGAGGAGGAGGAGGAGGAGGAGGAGGAGGAGGAGGAGGAGGAGGACCAGGCAGAAGAUAAAGAGAGAGCAUGUGCAGAAAAAACACUUGCUGAGGAAAACAUCCACAGGCAGGACCACCAGGCUUUUAAUACUACAACGUCAUCGAUGAGUGUGGAAGUCAACAAACUGAUGCCAAAAAAUGAGAAUCUGCUUCCAGAUUCAGCCAUGUUAAAUAUCAAACAACCAAUCCAGGACCCUCUCACUGCUGUUGAAGAUACAUUCUCUGAUGUUGUAAAGUCAAGCCUUUCCAACUGUUUAGACCUGCAGAGUGACCUGCAGAAGGAGCCACCUUUGUUUUAUCCUGAUGGAAUAUUUCUGGCUGAGUUUGUGAAUAUAUGUAGCCUCGAUGAAGAUGAAGAUCAGGAUAAAUGACUACGCUCUUCUACUAUAUACAAGUCUAAUCAUGCAAAGGCAGGUCCUUGCAAUGCAAUAUUUUUAGCUUGUAUGGAUAAAAAAACAAGUAUUAAUAUACAUUAAACAUAGUAACUAAAUAACCUCAACCAUUUUAAAGAUGAAGAGGAAAUUUUUAUAAUCACACAGAAAAUAACAAUAAUAGUGAGAUGAAAAUAUGCAAUUUUAAUAUUUUUAUCACACACAACUGUGUUGAUAAAAGUUUUCAAGGUACCUCAAGAAAAAGUGUGUUUUAUUUAUAUGACAUGAUAUGAUUAUUCACAUCAUUGUUUACAUUCAGGAAAUGCUACAGAGAAUUUAACCUUAGCUACGGAGGAAUUGCUUCAGAAAAUAAUUUACAUGUUAUAUAUUAGACAUGAAAUGAAUGUAGUCAAAUGGACUGAAUAUUGAAAUGUGUAUUUCUGGAUAGUGUUCAUAAUACUCUGUUCAAUUAUACUUAUGUGUUUCUUCAGUUUCAGUAGGAAUAAGACUAAAUGUUUAAUAGUAAUCAAU